GAGUCCCCACCCCUCCUCCAGCAGAACAGGGUCCUCUCACCAAACGUACCGCAUCUCUGGGAAUUUGAUUUAAUCGAAAAUAAAUCGACAUUCUUUGGUUUUACGCGUCGUUCUAUUUAUUCUAAGAGAAGUCUUUGUCUUUUUUUUUGUUGUCUCAGACUGGUUUCAGAGAUAACACUCGCAUCCUGUUUGGUAAUAGGCCUGUCCAUUCAUUUUUAAUUUCCUCAUAUAUAACCUAUAUAUCCUCAAGGAUCAGUCUGUUUUUGGAGUCUUUUUGAGAAGACAGUCCAGUCAAUCGUCCAGAAGUCCGCAGUCUUGUGAUUUUUUUUUCUUCUGAAGACAGGAUUUUACAGGAAUCCAUCAUAUCUUCACACAGUAUGAAACAACCCACUGAGAUGAACCAUUUAAACACCUUUCCUGAAGAUGACAGCAGCAGCUCCAACAGCAAUGACUACACCUACCAAGACAAGAAGGUCCCACUGGGAGGCCCGUACACGGAUAUAGAGGCAGAAAGUCAGAACUUCCUCCCUGAACACAACCUUGGCAAGAAGAAGUAUGAGACUGAAUAUCACCAGGGGAAUGCCUCCUUUGGCAUGUCCGUCUUCAACUUGGGCAAUGCCAUCAUGGGCAGCGGCAUCCUGGGUCUGUCCUACGCCAUGGCCAACACUGGCAUCGCACUCUUUGUGAUUCUCCUCGUGGCUGUUGCCAUCUUCUCAUUGUAUUCUGUCCAUUUGCUGCUCAAAACUGCCAAUGAAGGAGGUGCCCUGGUUUACGAACAGCUUGGUUACAAAGCCUUUGGGAUGCCAGGAAAACUCGCUGCUUCCUGCUCCAUCACCAUGCAGAACAUUGGAGCUAUGUCGAGCUACCUUUACAUCGUAAAAUAUGAGCUGCCCAUCGUCAUUGAAGCUUUUAUGGGAACCAGCAAUGGAGAAUGGUACACUAACGGAGACUACCUUGUGUUGAUGGUGACUGCAGUUAUUAUCCUGCCCCUCUCACUGCUCAGGAACUUAGGUUACCUUGGUUACACCAGCGGUCUGUCCCUCCUGUGCAUGGUGUUCUUUCUGAUUGUGGUGAUCAUCAAGAAGUUCCAGAUCCCCUGCCCUCUGUCUGAACCUGCUAAUAAUGAGACUGUCAUCAAAACGUCCAACGUCUCGCUACCCCAAAACUACAGUGACGCAUGCACACCCAAAUACUUCGUGUUCAACUCUCAGACUGUUUACGCUGUUCCCAUCCUGACCUUCGCCUUCGUCUGUCACCCUGCCAUCCUGCCCAUGUACGAGGAGCUCAAAGACCGUUCCCGCAGAAAGAUGCAAGGUGUGGCCAAUGUGUCCUUCCUGGCCAUGUUCAUCAUGUACCUCCUGGCCGCCCUCUUUGGAUAUCUGACCUUCAACGUGCACGUGGAGCCUGAGCUGCUGCACACCUACUCCAAGUUCUACAAGUUCGACGUGCUGCUGCUGAUCGUCCGUCUGGCCGUGCUGACCGCUGUCACCCUCACCGUCCCCGUGGUGCUCUUCCCUAUCCGUACCUCUGUAAACCAGCUCCUGUGCGCCUCUAAGGAGUUCAGCUGGAUCCGCCACACCGUCAUCACUGUGUCUCUGCUGGUCGGCACCAACGCCCUGGUCAUCUUAGUCCCCACCAUCAGGGACAUCUUUGGCUUUAUCGGUGCCUCUGCUGCUGCCAUGCUCAUCUUCAUCCUACCCUCAGCUUUCUACAUCAAACUGGUCAAGAAGGAGUCCAUGAAGUCUGUGCAAAAGAUUGGGGCCACUGCCUUCCUUCUGUGCGGCUUCCUGGUCAUGAUCGGCAGCAUGAGUCUGAUCGUCCUGGACUGGAUCCACAACGCCAGCAAGAGUGAAGACAGUCAGGCCAAUGGACACUAAGCUCUGUUUCUCCUGCAGCGUCCUGCUGGAGGAGAGGAGGCUCCGGUGCCGGACUCCUCACAAGCGCAACCAAUGAAGAUCUAUUAUAAAAGAAGAAAAACCACAAGAACUCACUUGAUGCUUGCCUUUGACUUCUUGAGCAACAGACCAUGCCAUUCCAAGAGAAUGUAUCUGAACUUUGUACAGUACGCUGUUAGGCCACAAAGAUGGUGUUUUACUUGUUUUCUCUUUUUACUGUAACUAUUUUUCAUUGUCAUUUUUGCUUGUUUUUACUCUUAAUGUUUUUUUUUGUUUGUUUUGUAGUUAUGGUACAGCUGAAAACAAAUAUUUGAAGGUGCCUCACAACUAAGACAUCGUAGUCGUAGAGUUGAAAAUGCAGCUUACGCUCAGGUACGUCAAUUGGUGUUUGAGUCGUGGCUGUGACCUCAGAGCUCAGCAACAACACAUUCCUGCUGAGAAAGUAUGGAAACUCUCAAAGUUUCAUAAGAGGCGACAGACUUGAAAGUAUAUCAUCCUCAAGGACGAUUAAGUUCCUUCCAACAUUUGUUUUAUUGUUUUUACUUUGCCAAAAAUGUAUUUGUAAAGCAUCUUUGUAUAUUGAAAAGCACUUACAGUUCAGCACACUCGUGGAAAAAAAAUAGACUUGUCAGAUUUCACAGGCGAGGUCUACCACACCACCUAUUCAGUAUUCGUACCAAGGCUUUGUGACCUCCCAUAUAGUGUCAGCUUUCCUUGUAAAACAUAGUGUAAGUCAACAGAACCUGCCUUUUCGAACCGACACUGGGAGCUGCAGAGUGUCUCACACUGUAUCUUUCUAAACUGUAUUUACUCUUUAUAACCUGCUGAAGAUCUUGUUGGAAUGGCGUGUGUGGUGACGACACUACUGCUUUGAGACCUGGAGGCUGCCGAGGCCUCAGUUCCACCCUCCCCCAUCAGGGGUGGGGGGGGACAUUAAAUUUUUUCUUUAUGGGAGAAUACUUUGAAUUUGACCACAUGCAGUGGUUAUAAUAUACCUGUUAAACUUGCAAAAACAAAUACCUAAAAACUAGAGGUCAGGUGUGCUCUUAAUCACCGCAACCAAACAUGUCAACAGAGAAAGUUAAGGUGAACGUCUGUCACAACAGUUUGAGUAUUUUUACAUACGGUUGCGCAGUUUUCUGCUUUUGAAAUGUUUCGUUAGAAACUUGAAAGCUCAACGGAGACUUGUUUCCCGUUGAGUCGUAAGGCUGUCAUCUGAUGGUACACUGUGCUUCCAACACUAACUUAACACAUCACCAAACUGUUAUUGUCCAACAUCUAUUUAUGGAAGACCGUGAAAUCAAUGUAAUUUAAUCUAUUUUACUAUAUUUAUAUAAUAUUGUAUGUAUAUAUAUAUGUAUAUAUAUCUAUAUUGAGUUCAACUGUAUAUACGCUUUGUUUUGUUUGGACUUUUUUUUUUUACAAUGUAUUGGAGCUGUAAAACAAAAGAAAAAACCCCAAGCUGGUGAAUUUGUGAUAUUGAAUUUGCUCCAAUACAUCGGAGCUUCAACUGUUCAUCUCCGUGAAGACUGACUGAAUUAUUUUACUGUGAUUCUGUGAAAACUGUGUUACAUGUGGAAGCCACAGACACAGCAGUCUCUUUUCCUUUUUGGCCCCUGAACACAAACCUUGAUCAUCUGAACAUCAUGUACGCACAUCUUGGUUGGAGAGUAUGUCAGCCAUCUCUGAACCUCAGGAGCAAAGAGGGCUUUGCCCACCAGUGUUACACUCUUGUUUCAAUGAAACACUAUGUAUAUCCUGUAAUUAUUGUCCAAUUAAAAUCAAAGAUAACAUCUAA